CAUAACCUCGUACUAAUACAACGUACAUUUUUAGACUACAGUUUCUGUAACUUUAGUUAGUAGGCUAAUAUUGAGAAAGAAAGUCGUUAGAUCACGACAGUUCUUUCGUCAAAUAGACUUGAACACCUGGUCUGACAAUGAGCAGACCAGAUCGAUAUCAAGACCUGCCUGGAGCAUACAGAAGAAGCGGAUUCUCUGAAGGCCGUAGUCUUCCCAGGAGUUCUAUCCCCCCCAAACCAUCAAGAUAUACGAGUUCUUAUGGUACGUCUGAGAACGACUUUGGACCUGACCACUUUAAUUUCACCGAUGGAGACACGUCUGCAAGCGGUAGAUCUCGUAACGCCAGCACGCUACCGAGUGGACCCAGUGGUAGCAGCGCAGCAUUCUCCAUCCGUGACUCCCAUCCUCCACCUGUUUCCGACUCAAAGAGGAGGACGAUCUCCAUGGGAGCCAACAUCCAACCUCCGAGGAGUAAAAGGAGCGGAGGAACAAGACAUAGAGACAGAAAUCAGACACUUCCUCCAUACUCGGUGAGUAAUUCCAGCCGUCGAACCACCUCCGGAAAUGACGAAAAUAACCGGUUUGGAUCGGAUGGAUCGAGUGUUUACAGCUCGGAUAGUUUUGACUCUCAAGAUGAUUUCGAUCGGCGAUACCCUCCUCGCCCGCCAAAACCCGACAAAUACAAAAGCACCUCUUCAAGUAAUUUUACCGGACAAUUUUAUCCUGACCCGUUAGAGAGCGCUGACAUUCGACGUUUACAGUCCGGUUACUCAGAAGAUACUAACACUACGAUCACAAACGGAGGUAGCAGGCCUACCAAUCUCGAUGAACUAGCAGAGUACUUCAACAAAAAACUGGAAGAUGUCCAGCGGCAAGCGGACAGUGCCAUGCACCAAAUGCAAGGUCGAAAUAGAAGCGAGAGAACUGACUCCACACAAGAAAGCUCUAUGUUCAGCUACCCUGCUGGUCCGUCAGGUCGCCACACAGUUCGUCCAACUAACCGAGCUGGUGUUUCAUCUGACGCUUCUACGAUAACUCCAACAAACAGUCGGACGUUUCAAACGCUGGAAUCUACACAACCUACAGAAAGUAGCAUCUCAGCCGUUAGGGACGAAAUCGAAAGUUUAAAAUCACAGUUAUCGCGAGGCUUAGGAAACAUGGGAGCUCGUGGUGAAUCGCAAGACAUGGACGAGAUGGCUGACUAUUUCAGUAAGAGACUUGAAGAAUGUCAAAAUCAGGUGUAUAAGGCUGUGAACAAAGUACAAGGUCAAAUGGGAGAUCUUAGACGAGGGUUCGACGGUAGACAACCAAGGCAUCACCAGGAAUUUGAAAAUCGAGACGACGAGGUGUACGACAGCAGUGACAGCGGAAUUGGGCCAAGAAAUCUAACUAUACGCCCGCUUACCCGUGCACAUGCCAAUGCUUUAGAAAACAACCAACCGCCAAAUGGACCAAGUCAUAACCCCCCACCAGUUGUGCGACAACAUAGGAAUUACAGGGAAUUUGAUCAUCACCGAGAGCAGGAUAACCACAGACAUACUUAUCCACCACCAUUACCACAAGAUGACGACGAGUCCUUCAGUAUUGCUGCAUCGGAGAAGUUGAGAGAUGCUCCUCCUCCUGUAUACAGGGAUGACAUGGAUUUCCCACAAAUGGCUCCUCUAAACGAGGAUGAUAGUUGUUACAUGGGAUCAGAUGAUGAGAAUGAUUGGGACGAUUAUGAAGAUUUUAUAGACGAUGAUACUCCAGCCCCAGAGACAUCGAUUCCAGUUCCCAAGAUUACCUUCAAAUCGGACAACUACAUUUAUCAAUCUCUCUACAUCUUUUACAUCUGCUCUUUCCUUGCUUACGUGUUCGUGCGUAUACAGUACACACUGGAUGCGCCCGGUUUGAACCGGAUUUACUGCAUUGUUGUCGCUAUCCUUGAGAUUAUUACUGCACCGUCUCUUAUUCUCCAGGGUUUGUGUCUGUGGAAAUGGGUUUCCCGUGAACCCCUGCCUGACGACGCCUAUCUCCGCCAAAAGUUUCACACAGCUAGAAUCAUGGUCCCAACAUACAAGGAACCGCUGGAAGUGGUAGCAGGUACUGUACACGAAAUCGUUCAUAUGGAUCUCCCACCUAAUUUCCAUGUCCAUGUAUACGUGCUUGAUGAUGGUCGAAGAGAAAGUCUCGAAAAUUGGGUUUUGUCGAAACGUACAAAGAGGGGUGUCUAUUUGCAUUACGUCGCACGAACGAAGCUGCCUGGUGUUCCCCAUCACGCUAAGGCAGGCAACAUCAACCAUACAUUGCACUUCGUGUUCGACGACGCUUACGCAGAGCAGGAAUGUGUAAUCAUCUUUGACGCAGAUUUCAUGCCAAGGCGAAACUAUCUUCUCCGUGUGCUUCCUGUGUUCUCUGAAAAACGAACACGUCCACUUGCUCUGGUGCAAACCCCACAGUUCUUCUACAAUGUCAACUCUGACGAAGACGUGUGGGACCAUCUCAACGUCUCGUUCUUCCAUCGUAUCGAACCCAGUCUUGAUCGUUGGAGUGCUGUCAACUGCUGCGGAACAAAUUUCACGGUCAGAGCAGACGCUUUGAAGGACGUCGGCUACUUUCCUGUCGGUUGUUUGACUGAGGACACUUUAUUGUCUCUACGUCUAUGUACUAUGGGUUGGGGUGUGGCUUAUCAUCAUGAAGUUCUUGCUAUUGGACAGUCACCUCACGAAAUCACAGAGAUUUUCAAACAGCGGUCAAGAUGGUGUAAAGGAAACUUACAAAUCUUCCUCGACGAGUUCCCGCUCAUGCAGUCUGGUCUCUCAAUGUCGCAACGUGUCUUCUACAGCUCGUGUGGCUUCAACUACUUCUGUGCUUCCAUCUCAAUUCCGUUCUUUCAACUUGUCCCGGCCUGGGCUAUCUUUUUCGGUUUGUGGCCAGUGUCGAAAAUCGGGCUUGAGUUCGCCUUUGCUUUCUUCAUCUAUUAUCUUCUUGGAAACUUCCUCCUUCUCUACCCCCCUCCCGGGUUCGGAAUCAAGGACAUGUGGAACGGCGAACUGGCUUCGACUAAUUUGUGGUUCACUUAUUUUAACGGAGUACGCAGAAUUGUUGGCACAAAACUACUGAAAGGAAAAGGUGAACUGACUUUCAAAACUACAAAAAAGAAGACGGACGAAGACGAAGAAGGUUCGAAUGUUGGUUUCCAGAAAGAAGACGUUCGUGCUUGUUACAUGCAUUUCAUUAUGUUCUUUAUCAUGUUGAUAACCAUCAUAUACGCCAUUGUAAAAGCUGUCACCGCUACUAACGUGCAGUUCUACUUCUACUACAUGUACAUGAUCGGUAUGUCCUGGGCUCUCAUUAACAUGACACCCUACCUGAUUGUCGUCAUCUACUGCUGGUACCGAGUUCGAAUCCCGGGUCUGCUAGUCGCUUGCUUCAGGAACGUGCAGUUAUUGCUCCGUUUAGUCUGCGCUGCCCUUAUCCUGGUCCAGGCUUUUACGACAAGGAAUCUAACAGAAAACUUCGUGUGUCCCCACGAGUACACGGGUCAACUAGGCGCUAGUCCACUUGCUAUGGUCAAAACCCUGGAUAUAACUUCGAAUCUCCAAGUUAGUCGAAACGCUUUCUGGCUCCUCGGUCUCACCGACGAUUUCUACACCAUCCAGCAGAUUAAAAAGACAGCUUGUAAUGAGGACGAAAUACCUGUAAUCGUGUUUUUCAUGCGACCGUCUGCUGGUCUAGUUCUAGAUGCUGAAUCUAGCCAUUACAUGCCUACAGACCGAAUUGCAUCCUGGGAGGAAUACGAUGUAAAACUAGAAAACUACGCCAAACAGUUGGCUGAUGUCCCAUCAUUGAUUGUGAUGGAACCUUCGUUGCUCAUGCACACGUUUAACUCUCAAAAUAGUCAGCACGAUACUGCUUACCAGGUUCAAUUCGCCCAGCGUGUCCAGAACGCUGUGAAUCUGUUUUCAAAGUCCUGGAUAUACGUCGACGCUGGUAACGCUAUGUACCUGCAGUGGAAUGUUAACUUAAAUCAUGUCAUCAACGUGCUGAAACAAAUGCCGCCUACGAUACGCGGCUUUACCAUCAAUGUCGGGUCCUUUGUCAACAGCUCAUACAAUGAGAUCCUGGCCAACGAAAUUCAUUGCCAGACGGGAUACCAUUUCCUCAUCGACACGUCACGAAACGGUGGAGAGUUUUCCUCGCGGUCGUUGGACGAGAUUAACUCUUGUACUUACGAUCCACCCCGUGUGAGAAACGGCAGCAGACCAACCUGGAGAGAUGGGGCAGCCACUGUAACAUUAGUUGGUCAAACUGGCCUUGCCUCAGCAGCUGCUACGGUUCCACCGACAGAAACUCCCCUUCCUGCCAGUGUAAAGAAACGUUGGGCGCUGAAUGCUCCUGCUGCCGGUGAUCCAGUCGUCGAAGCCAACAAUCCAGCCGCUGGUGGAGCUUUACCGGCUGCUAACGCGGGGGCAGCCGCAGGAGGUGCAGGUGGCGGCGCUGUUGCUGCUGGUGGAGGGGCUUCUGCCGGAGCAGCCGAUACCAGCUACGAAUACAGUUACGAUUACACUGCUGGAGGAGCGACCGCCGCAAUAACUUGUGUCACUACGGAGGCGACAGGUCUUGAUGCUUACGCUUGGAUUAAAACACCUGGAGAGUCAGACGGCAGAAUGUUCGACGCUGGUACCUACCAUCCAUGCCUCACUGACCACACCACUGAAUGCUCGGAAACUUGCAGUCAGUACGUCACUAAAGUGGACGGUGCCUUCCAACGUUCUGAAGCUUGUCAGUGCGGUACGGUUCCCGAAGUUUGAAAUUAGUUGCGAGAAUCUAAGAAUGCGUGAAGAUUCAAAAAAGCUCUCCAGAAAUUGGUAAAAUGCGCAGCUUUUAAGUCGUCGAAUGCUCUCCCGUUCUUCCCACUGCUGUACAUUACUUCCUGCACUUCUUUUCCCUUAAAACUCGAUGUAAAUUAUGUCUUUCUCACGUUCUACUAUAUAUAUAUUCUGUCCACAAUGUCGGUUGCUUUACGAAAAAAUACGAUUGUACAGUGUUGAGAAAAUUAUGCAGACUGGCGCGAAAUACAAUAGUGGUGCUCUGUAA